AUGACUCAGGCCUCUCAGAUAACAAUUGAGAAGAUCGAUUCGAGUAUCGCCAUUCUUUCGAUCUCUAAUCCACCGUAUGGGUUCAUGGACGACACCACUGAGAAGGAAUUGGUGUUGGCGCUAGAUUCUCUUGACGCGGACAAGAAUGUCUCGGUUGUCGUUCUGACCGGGGGUCAGCCGGAUGUAUUCAUCCGGCAUUACGAUACUUUGGUCCUUGAAGCCAGAGGUCGGCAAAUGGCUGCUCGAGGUCUUAAGUUUGACUUAAAACGUCCUGUGCCGGAAGUUGGUAUUCAUCGCGUGCUCAGACAAAUUGAGAACAGUAGCAGCACGUUUAUUGCGGCAAUCAAUGGUGAAGCAAUGGGGGGCGGAUUCGAGUUAGCACUUGCCUGCGAUCUUCGAAUUGCCCAGGCCGGUGAAUAUUCAAUUGGUUUGCCUGAAGUCAAUCUGGGUUUGCUGCCAGGCGCUGGUGGAACCCAACGCUUAACGCGCCUGGUUGGUAAAGCAAAAGCGCUAGAACUAAUGUUAAUGGGCGAUACUUUGCGCCCGCGAGAAGCGAGAUCGUACGGCUUGGUCAAUGAUGUUGUGAACGAACCAGUACUGCCGGUAGCUACCCAGUUGGCACGUGUCAUUGCGUCCAAACCUGCGAACGCCAGAGCACGAAUCAAAUACCUGAUCCAUCGUGCGCAGACGUCAGAUCAGACGACCGGAUUUGCAGAAGAGCGCACCUUGUUCUGUGACUUAAUGGGGAAGUGA